GAAACGAACACAAUCCACCAACCCAACCAAGACGCAUAUUUGAUAUUUUUUUUACUCCUAAUUUUUUCUAAACCCUAAUCCUCUUCCUCCUCUGCCAUUAUUCUUUCUUCUUCUACCAGAAUCUCUCCACAUUUUCUUAUCCUCUCUCUACUCCCAUGGCUUCUGCAACCGCCACGUGGACUCCUUCCUCCCUCCAGCUCCGUCUCGCUUUUAGCUCCGGCGUUCGUCGGAAUUCUCGCGCCGUUUACUUACGACCUUCGCGGUUAGCUAGGAAAUCGGGUUGUGGAGUUGUCUGUGUUUCGCAGAAGCCUGAAGUUGACGCUGCGUGGACCGGAUCGGAUUCGUCUAAGCCACCAUCCGAUGGCUUGGCUGGUUGGGAUGAUUCUGGUAACGAUGAUAAGCAGAAGUCUUCUAGAGCUAAGAAGAAGAGUUUAAUUGAAGGUGUAGUUGGUGCUGGAGUGGCUGGAAUCAUUUUGUUUGUUGGACUAAGCUUUGCAACAGCAUCUUUUAACAAGCGAACAAAGAAACAGGAGAUGCAUUCGUUGACAUCUCAGCAGGAAAGCAUGAUUCAGUCAUCUGAUGAAAUUUCUAGUGAUGAGAUCAAGGUAGAUAACAGUGAGGAAAACACUCUUAAGGACGAGGAUAGGAGUAUAGAAAACAAUGAUAUAGCUCAGCAAGGUGAUGAAGGGUCUGGUGAAGAUAAACUACUUGGUAAGGAGACAUCUUCAGUUGAUAGUGUCAUGCCUGAUGAAACAGAAGCCACUGAAAGUAUCCCUCAAAAUACGCCUGAAGCAGAUUUGGUGAUCGUCGUUGAAACUGAUCUUGAGACAGCAGAAAGUGAGAAAAUAAGUUCUGAAUCUAAGUCUCUGUUAGACACAUCCACUGAGCCUAUUCUUCUAGAUUCAGAAAGUAGUAAUCUUGGGGAUGCGGAAAAUCCAACUUCUGAAAAUCCAGAUAGCCUUCUGGACACUGAACUAGCCGAUGUGUCUGAUUUUGAAAAUCGUGUUAACAGUCCGAAUGAAGAUUCCCUGUCGUCUUUAUCUGACAUCGACACUUAUGCAGCCAACGGGACUUUAACUGAGGAGCUUCCUGAGGUUUCUCCGGUAAAUGUCACGGGAACAACUCUCUCCACUGUAACUGCGGAGCUUCCUGAGGUUGACGGAACACCCGAGUACUUGGCUGCGGAAAGUAUGUCAUCAGUCUCAGACAUAGAUACAAUGAAAGAAACUGAAUCUUCAGAAACUCCUGUGCCAGAAUCAACAGAUGGGGCAUACGAUCAACUAAACAUAAAUAGUCAAGAUGAGCUCGACAAUGGACCGCCUUUGAAAAUACCGAGUGGUGGAAGUGUAUAUUCUUCUGCGGGAAUUCCUGCACCUUUUAUGUCUGUCCUAGUUAAUCCUGGAAAGAUUCUUGUCCCUGCAGCUGCGGAUCAGGUGCAGUGUCAAGCAUUUGCAGCUCUGCAAGUUCUGAAGGUCAUUGGAACUGACACCCAACCUAGUGAUCUAUGUACUCGCAGAGAAUAUGCCAGGUGGCUGGUAUCUGCCAGCAGCGCAUUAUCAAGAAACACAACCUCGAAGGUGUAUCCUGCUAUGUAUAUAGAGAAUGUUACUGAGCUUGCUUUCGAUGAUGUUACUCCUGAAGACCCUGAUUUUUCAUCCAUUCAAGGGUUGGCAGAAGCGGGACUUAUCACGAGCAAGCUUUCUAACCGUGAUUUGCUUGACGAUGCUGAAGGCACAUUCUUGUUUUCCCCUGAAAGCCUUCUUUCACGCCAAGAUCUUAUAAGCUGGAAAAUGGCCUUGGAGAAACGACAGCUUCCAGAAGCUGAUAAAAAGAUGCUGUAUGAACUCUCGGGUUUCACUGACAUCGAGAAGAUAAACCCAGAUGCAUGGCCUGCCAUUAUUGCAGAUUUAUCUACUGGGGAACAAGGAAUUGCUGCUCUUGCAUUUGGUUGUACAAGAUUGUUUCAGCCUCAGAAACCGGUCACUAAAGGGCAAGCUGCCAUUGCUCUUUCAAGUGGUGAGGCAUCUGAUAUUGUUAGUGAAGAAUUGGCACGUAUUGAAGCAGAAUCUAUGGCUGAAAAAGCUGUGUCUGCUCAUAACGCCCUUGUUGCUGAAGUAGAAAAAGACGUCAAUGCCAGCUUUGAGAAAGAGCUUUCCAUGGAACGGGAAAAGAUUGAAGCAGUCGAGAAAAUGGCGGAACUAGCGAAAGCGGAGUUGGAGCAGCUGAAGGAGAAGAGAGAGGAAGAGAAUCUGGCAUUGGUGAAAGAACGAGCUGCUGUCGAGUCAGAAAUGGAGGUGCUCUUAAGGUUAAGACGUGAAGCAGAAGAGAAGCUGGAGGAUUUGAUGAGUAACAAGGCGGAAAUAUCUUUUGAGAAGGAGAGGGUUUCCAAUCUUCGAAAAGAGGCUGAAGAAGAGAGCCAACGGAUUUCAAAGUUACAGUAUGAAUUGGAAGUUGAACGAAAAGCCCUGUCUAUGGCCAGAUCGUGGGCCGAGGAAGAAGCAAAGAGAGCUAAAGAACAAGGAAGAUCCUUAGAAGAGGCAAGAAAGCGAUGGGAAACAAAUGGACUGAGAGUUGUUGUUGACAAAGACCUUCAAGAGACGAGCGUUGGAGAGACGGAACAAAGCGUAUUACUAAACGAAGUGGAGGGAUCUUCGGUUGAAGAAACUGAGGAGAGAGCCAAAACCCUCAUGGAUAAGCUGAAAGAGAUGGCUGGAACCGUGGGAGGAAAAUCCCGGGAAGUGAUUUUCAUUGUGAUGGAGAAAAUACGAUCGUGGAUUACAAUUUUGCAGGAAUACACAGAGAAUUUAGGAAAGCGAGCCGGAGAAAUGAGAGAUGCGGCCAUUGUUAAGGCAAAAGGAGCUGCUGAGGAAGUUGGGAAAGGGACAGUUCAGGUGAGCGAUAAGGUCAAGAGAAUGGCUGAGGAGUGUAGAGAUGGAGUUGGAAAGCUCUCUCAGAAGUUCAAGACCUAAGUAAGAAAAGUCCUUUCAACUUUUUGUAUUUUGUUUCUAAAUGAAUAAAAUAAAGAGAAUAAUGGGAUGACCAUUACAUUUACAGUACUGGUCAGUGGUGAUCAGAACUCAAAAUUGUAUCAUUUUGUAAUCUUUUGUUAUGUUACUAAUAUUUACCAUCAGUGCGAUAUGUUACAGUU